CGUCUUCCCAAUAAAAAAUCUACAGUGGCAUUACAGUAGUUAUCCAUGGAACCGGGGGCAUUUGACGCUACUUUCCCUUCAAUAUAAUCCUGAAACGUAGCGUUUGAGAGAGAGAGAGAGAGAGAGAGGGAGAGGGAGAUGUGCUGUCGCGUCAAUAAAUCAAAGCAAAGGAGCUCCUGAUCUCGUGAUUGCCCCCUCUCUCCGCUCGCUCUGAAAUGCCCUUCCAUUUUCACCUAUUUUCACCUCUCUCUCUCUCUCUCUGGCGCCCGGAUCAAUCGAACGGUCGCGAUGAAGUCUGACGGAGUCUCGUUGUAGAAAAUGAGAGUUUGGCAGCUCGUUUACAGAUCUAAUGGAGUGGUUGAGUUUUAGGGUUUAAAUCAGGAAAUCGCUAUUUCUCGCUGUCGUUUUCGUUGCCGUAUAGCGAUGAAUCGGAGUUUCAGGGCUGCAGAGUCGCAAAUGCAAGCGCCCGUAGAGCAACAGAGGCAAGGGAGGAGCCUUGGAGCUGUAAUGAAGGGCAAGGAAGAGGAUCUUGCGUUGUUUCUCGGGAUGCGGAAGCGCGAGAAGGAGCGGAAUAGCUUGCUGCUACUCCACACCUCCGAAGAUUUCGAUCCUCCUUUAGGGUCGAAACCAGGUGGUUCUCCCAUAUUCAAGAUAGUGUCAUCAACACCACGUAAAACUGCUUCUGAUGACUUCCUAAACUCUGACGGCGAGAAAAAUGAUUAUGAUUGGCUUCUUACGCCACCUGGUACUACUCUUUUUCCUUCUCUGGAAAUGGAGUCAAACAAAUCCACCCUGGGUCAGAUUUUAACCGCCAAAGUUCGUCCAACUGCACUGAAGUCGAGGAGUAUGCGAUGGGUGGAAAACCUACACAUGGAGAUGUUUACAACUAUGGAAUCCUUCUAUUGGAGAUGA